AUGGGGAGCUCCUCAAUUAAUAAACGGAGCCGUGGGCAACACCUUGGGGUCACUGAGCCAAUCUCAUUGACUGGUCCUACCGAAUCUGAUGUGAUCAAAACAAGGGAGCUUGAAAAGGUUCGUUACAAGUAAAUUUCUUAAUUUUUAUUUCUGGAACAUUUUACUGCACUGCUUGCUGUUAAAAUAAUUUUCUUCAAUGGAUCAGUAUCUAGUGGAUGCUGGAUUGUAUGAAAGCCAAGAAGAAGCUGUGGAAAGGGAAGAAGUUCUUGGAAGAUUGGACCAAGUCAGUAUCUGUAAACCAUAUUUGGGAUUUAACAGCCAUGUUCUACAUUUCCUUACCCUAAUGUUUUUGAUUGACCAGAUUGUGAAGGCUUGGGUUAAAAAGAUCAGCAGGGCAAAGGGAUUUAAUGAGCAGGUGGUGCAGGAAGCAAAUGCAAAAAUAUUUACAUUUGGUUCUUAUAGACUCGGGGUAUAUAUCCUCUUAUCCUCAAAUCCAUCUUAUAGACUUGGGGCAUCGUAUUUCCAGUACGAAUUCUUGUUUUUCUAUGAAUCUGCUGGGUGGUCUGGAUGAAUCCUAGAUUUUGCGUUGAAAUUUUCUUAAAUCUAUCAUGAGUGAAUAUUGUUGCGGUCUGAAAAAUGAUAAAAACUAUGGUGAACGAUCUCCCCAAGUUCUCCAUCCCUGUCUAUGUCCUCUUCCUCCGUUUUUUGUAUAUUCUAGUUCAAUAUUUACAAGUUUUCGAUGGAUUUUUCAGUAAUUCAAAGUUGAUUCAUUUGCUUCCAACAUUUUCGGGUUUUUUUAGUUUAACUCUUGAUGCCUGCUUUUGCUUCCCUCUUAUUUUAUUGAUUCCCUCUUCAAUUUUUUAUUUUUUUUUCCUUUUUUGGUAUCCAUUUUAGAUCUUGACCUCACUAACUCCUUUAUUUGGAAUCAUGGUAUUCCCUAAUCGAAAUCAUUCUAGCUAGAAAAACAGAAAUCUAGCACAUGCUUUUUGCGUCUUGUUUCCUAGAUCCAAGAUAUCAAUCAUAAUCACGCCACUUUUGGCAUAUUUAUUUGUCAUACAAACCGUCUCUCUUAGACGAUCUCUUAAUGUUUAGGUGCAUGGGCCUGGUGCUGAUAUUGACACACUAUUGGUUGGGCCUAGACAUGCCACGCGAGAGGUAUUGUUGGCUAGUUUGUUGUUACAAAUAUUUCAUAACCAUUUGUCAAUCUUUCGGCAGGAUUACAUUUCCUUUUUAAAACUUUGACCGCAGGAAGAUUUCUUCACAGAAUUUUACAGAAUCUUGUCUGAAAUGCCUGAAGUAACAGAAUUGCAGCCAGUUCCUGAUGCUCAUGUCCCUGUAAUGAAGUUCAAAUUUUCUGGAGUUUCGAUAGAUCUUCUCUAUGCAAAACUUUCACUGUGGGUUAUUCCAGAAGUGAGUUUCCUUCAUCUAUCUUGGCAUGUGAAGCAAUUUUGUGUUCAAUAAGCUCAUUCCAAUUGAAGCUCUUUGAAAAAUUUAUUUGACUAAGAAGUUUUGGUUGUUCAGCUCUGAAGAGCACCAUAGAUUUAGGCAAAUGGCUCCUUUUUUCGGUGAAAUAAAAUAAUGUAGGGAAUACAUUGUAAAUCGGAAUUACUGUAGUUGCAGACAUUUGAUUGGUCAUGUGAGUGAGCAGACUAAUUACAAGCUAUUGUUAAAGGGGGCUAGCGGAUCAUUAAAUAGCAUAGAUAAAGUAUUAGGAUUCACGUGGGAGGUGAAAGGUUUCAGUCAUCUCUAUUUUGAUGAGAAAAAUCAGGCAAUGGGUGCCAGAAAUUUAAAGUUGGUUUUUGUGAGAGGGGUUAAAAUUCUUACCAUGUUCUCAAAGAAACUAUUUUAUGGUUUUGAACUUGAAAGAUACUAGAUUCACCUGGGAGCACCAGAAGUGUGGUUUCUCUUGAAAUAUUUUAUAAUGGUCUUCAGUGCUUUUUUUAGUCUACAGCUCCGUAAGUGAAUAGCAUAUGCUUUUUAGAAUUCUCAGCUUAUACCAUCAAAUGGUAUGGAUCUACAAAAUAACAUUGAUGCAUCUCCCAGACAAAUAGGUGGAAAAAGAAACAAGAGAAAAGAGAUCUGAUGCAUUGAUAAACUAAAGGAUAUGCGCAUCCCAAAAUUAUUCCUGUGGAAUGAGUAAAUUCCAUAAACCAGUAAUAACUGCACAUGAAACUAAAUUGUGGAUGUUCCACAGUUCAGUUCUUAGCUGAUUUUUUUAAUUUCUCUAAUUUAAGGUACAGAGUGUGGAAUCAGUGUAACAUUAGACACGUGUGGCAAAGCUAUAUUGAUUGCCAUCUUCUAUAGAAGAUGGCAAUCAAUAUGUAGCUGUUGCCACCUGUUGCCACCUGUUGCCACCUGACAGUUUCUCCUGAGAAUGUCUCCAUUAAUUAUAUCACCGGGAAUGUAGCUUGAUACUUCCAAGGUCGUUUGUUAUGUAGCUGCUUAUCUUGAAUGAGCUCUUUGUUUGCUGCUUGCUUUCGGAAUAAAUUACUUCCCUUGAUUAGAUUCUUGUAAACUUUGCUUUUAAUUGGAUGCAGCUCUCUUCUUUUUGAGUAUCUGGGAAACGUUUUUUUUAACAUUACGGGGCCUUGAUGUUCUGGUUUAGGACCUGGAUGUCUCGCAGGAUUCUAUACUGCAGAAUGCUGAUGAACAGACAGUACGUAGUCUUAAUGGUUGCAGGGUUACUGAUCAGAUUUUACGUUUGGUGCCUAAUAUUCAGGUGCUUUCAUAUUCUUGUAAUCCAUGCUAGCAUCAAUAUGAUCACCAUGCUUAUUAUCUCACCCCUAAUCUUCACUUGUUUUCUUCAAUGAUAGAACUUCCGUACGACCUUAAGAUGCAUGAGGUUGUGGGCGAAACGGCGUGGUGUCUAUUCAAAUGUAUGAUCCUUCUAGAGCUUGUGGUUUCUCUAACAGGGGUGUAAAUUCAUCUCUUGUGAUUUACAUGGGGAAAUGCAGGUUUCUGGAUUUCUUGGAGGCAUCAACUGGGCAUUGCUUGUUGCACGAAUCUGUCAACUAUACCCCAAUGCAUUUCCUAGCAUGUUGGUUUCUCGUUUCUUCAGGGUAUUCACCCAGUGGCGCUGGCCAAACCCUGUCAUGCUUUGUGAAAUUGAAGAGGGACCUCUUGGCCUUCCUGUCUGGGAUCCAAGGAGAAAUUAUCGGGAUAGACUCCACCAGAUGCCUAUAAUUACCCCUGCAUAUCCUUGUAUGAAUUCUAGUUACAACGUAUCGACUAGUACACUGCGUAUAAUGACUGAAGAAUUCCAAAGGGGCAACGAGAUUUGUGAGGUUUGUCAUAAUACCCUUUGGAUCACCAUUUUAUUUCUUGCUGGAGUUUCAUCGGUUUAUUAUAAAUUUUGAAUUAAAUGUUCAAAAUAACGUAGGCUCAUAUUUUGUGUGGCCUGAUGAUAGGGAUUCUGUUUCGAAGCACAUAAAACGCCACUUAUUUUUUUUCCUGAUAUCUUUUUCAGAUUAUCAACGAAAAUCUUCAAAAAAAAUUAUGACUUCACUGUUUAUUCUUCUAUGCUGCUUAAUCUCUCCUGGGUUCAUCACGUGGUAGUACUAUGGUCACAGGAUGCAUUGUUCCUUGGAGUUCUGUGAAUAAAAAAAGUUUACUUUUCAAUUCCAAACUAAUGGAAACUCAGUACAAUCGAAUGGCCAUGCCCUGAGAGCGAAUCAAAAGCUAACUGCUGCACUCAAGGGGUGAUGGUUGGAAAAGCUUUAGCUAUAUAAAGAAUAAAAUUCUUCUCUCUGUCGAAAGUAUUUUGUAAUUUUUCGAUCUGUUUUGUAUUUAGCUAAUUCAGAGAUAUUUCAGAAGCUUCAAUUUAUCUUCAUUGCUUGCCCUUAUGUAUUUUCUUAUGCUUGCUGCAUCCUUUCUUCUCUGCUAAAAUCUGUCUCGUUAACUUCUUCCUUGCUUCCUUGUUGGUCUCUUCAUAUUUUCCUGAAUGUCUUCUAAAUUUUGAUUUUAGAAAAUCAUUUCCUUUUUCUACCUUGUUGAAAACCUUGAUUCGAUUACCAUAUCUCCUGGCAAUGCAUCUAGUAAAACUUAGGUUCUCUGUCAAGUCACACUUGAAAAAACAUUGUUAUCAUUCCACCUCUCCGCUGUUAUCUGCUUGUGACCUUUCAAUUGCCUUCUGCUACCCUCAUCUUAAAUAAUCCAUUAGCUCCCUUUGAAAUUUAGACCAUCGUAUUCUAUGUUCUGCUUUAAUAGUCUUAUCUCUUUGACAUUCUGAUGCAUCAUGCUACGUUACCGUGAAAGAGGCUACCUUGAAUUGAUCUGUUUCUUCUUCAUGAGGGAAAAAGCUCUCUUAUAUGAUAAACUGCUGAUAGUUGACGUUCUCUCUUUUUGAUGAAGUUAAUAUCAUGGUAAAAUUUCAUGUCAAGUUUAACUUAACAAUUGAACGUUAAGCCCUGUUCUUCGCAUUAUCUCAUCUUGUCAUGCAUGACUGAAAUUUCUUAUUUCAAACCUAGAGGCUAUUUGAAUUUACGACCAACUUUUUCGUGUUUCUUGAUAAUUGACAAUGAUAACUCACAUGGCCUUCCUAAUUUUUCUCUCUGCUGUUAUUGCUGUGAUUGACUCAGCAUGAGCAUUGACUAUGUGGAUUCUUUUUUCUCAAAAAUUUAUCGUAGUCAGUUCACUGUAUUAAGGCUUACAGUUUACUCUGGCUUUUGUCCACUAUCAACAUUGAGUCAACCAUUCCCCUCCAACAUAACAUAUAAUGUUAGUCAUGCAUCUGUGUGAAGCCUUCGAUUAAUUCUAUUUCUUUUCCUCGAAUUGGUCUCCAUCUCUAAGAGACGAAACAAAUAAUGCUCUCAGGUUUUUUGUUCUCAGUAUGAUAUUGUUUAGUUUUUGCUUCAUCUGAUCUUUGCUGAGUGGAUUCCUCGUGGAGAGAAAGUUACUUGGCCGUUGGAUACAUGGUAGCACUACGUGUGGGGAAUGCUCUAGCUUGAUCGCCAUUUUUUUUGUUUUUUAAAAGAAAGCUUUCGGGUGGAUUCUUCUAGAAAUCUUGGACACCUAUUAGGGGCAGUAAAUUUUUUCCAAAAGAUGAAGCAUGGUCCUUGAGAUAGUUGUGUGGUGAGGCGUGAGCACCACUUAUUAACGCUUAAAUGAAUUGGCCCUUUCCACAGGAUGCAUUUUUUUCUUCUAAUUACACUCUUUACGGAUAAUUACAUCUAAUUACACUCUAUUACAAAUGUCUUGAUGAAUUUUUUUCGGUGUAUUCAAUCUUAAAUAGUCUCGUGUUGUCUUUGUUUUCUAAUACAUUUGAUUAUAUAAUAAUUAAUUUGUGUACACUACACGACUUGCUUGCUUGACAUUUUCAGGGUUUUCCCAUAAGUUUAAACGUCAAAGACAGGAACUGAAUGUUUUGACCGUCAAAACACUAGGCUCUCCAUUUCUCUUUUCCUAGAAUUUCCUGUUUGAAUAUCAAGGUUCUCGCAUUACAUUCACAUGCAUCUUUUGGAUUGUGGGUCGGUCAAUGUAUUUAUCUACCAAACCACCAAAUUUCUGUUCUUUUGUUUUUUUAAUUUUUUAAUGAUUUUUUUUAUUGAUUCUGCAGGAAAUAGAGGCAAAUAAAGCUGAAUGGGACAGCCUUUUCGAGCCUUACCCUUUCUUUGACGCCUACAAGAACUAUCUGGAAAUUGGUAUCACUGCAAAAAAUGAACAUGAUCUAAGACAGUGGAAAGGAUGGAUCGAGUCCCGGCUUCGUACUCUCACGUUGAAGGUGCAGCGUUUAUUUCAUUCUAUUUGGUCAUCCUUCUAAUUACUAAUUGGUAGGCGACAUGAUGAUAAUCCUAUUCAUGAAUGUUUGUGUUGAUGCAGAUCGAGAAAGCCACUUCUGGAAUGCUCCAGUGUCAUCCCCAUCCAGGCAACUUCUCAGACAGCUCCAGACAGUUCCAUUACUGCUUUUUCAUGGGUUUAAGCAGGAAGCAAGGGGCGCCCGUUCAUGAAGCUGAACAGUUUGAUAUAAGGACGACAGUGGAAGAAUUUAAGAGCUCUGUUCAGUAUACCCCGCUCUGGAAACCAGGGAUGGAGAUCCAAGUAUCUCAUAUUAAACGUAGAAAUGUUCCCCUUUUUGUCUUCCCUGGAGGAGUUCGCCCUCCUCGCGCCAUAAAAACAGUUAGCACAGAAGCCAGACCCACCUCGAAAGCAAGAGCCUCAAUCAUGUCACAGGCAGCCUAUGAGAAUCUUGUAGGCCCUAAUGGGGUUCCAAGUGUAGCGGAUGAAGAGAGCAAAGUGAGGCGCUUUCUGUCCGAUAGCAGGGAAGUUGAGGCUCAUCUGUUAUCUAACCUGCCCUUUGAAGCGUCCAGCAAAUCUGAAGCCUCGGCAGAGACAUCAUUUGAAGAUACUACUGGAAGUAGCAGUAAAGAUACGAACAUAGUUGAUGAUUCGAGAAAGAGAAAAUUUUCAGGCGAUUCCACAGAUACUAAUCCAGAUGCGAAGCGGGUGGCUUUAAGUCUGCCUGCUGAAGGACCGGAAGAGGCUGCCGUGCAUACCACAGGGCCAGCUGUCUCGGAAAUACCCAUGGGUUUGGGUGCUGAGACACUUGCAAUUGAGAAGCUCACUGCUGUCCCAUCCGCUGGUCUCACAGCUUUGCCAGCAGGAGCCGAUGAACUUGAACAGUCCGAAAUCCCAUCACAGGUCAAAGACUCUGCGUCUGAGGCUGUUGAAGGGAGAGUGGGUGCUUCUCAUGCGAGGUUCUGCCAAACUGGUGCCUUGGAAGAGCUUGAGGUACUGAACCUUUGCCUGGGUUCUUCUGCUGAUAAAAACUGUGCCUUAUCGUUUAGCAAGACGGGUAGAGAUGCUUGUGUGCUUCUGUUCUCACAAUCAUCUGAAUGGGUCUAAUUAUCUUUUAAGUUUCCGAUUGCCAGCAGGUUCUCUUUCUCUUUCUUUACACUAGACUGAUCCCCGCCAUUGUUUUCCUUGUGUGAAAGCCAUCGGAGUUGUCUGCCUCGUUCUCCGACAUCCCCCCUGCAGCGCCCACUGUUCAGCGUAAACCAAUUAUCAGGUAAUCUUGCUUUGGACGCUCGAUUGAAGACGAUCAUGUUUCUCAAAAUUCUUCUGUGAUAUCUCUCCAUCUACUUAUCCACUUGUUAAGGCGGUCAUUGGAGGGCUUUGUCCAGUCAAUUGAGCGGUCCUUUGUUCUAAAACUGACUGCAGGCUGAGCUUGACCACUAUUGGGAAGAAGAACCCGUGA